AACACCUGUAGGAGCGAUUAAGUAGAGCAUUUAUUGCAAUAAAGCUCUAAGUAGUAAUUAAUAUGUACAGUACAUAACUGUGGGAAACUCAGUUGUUAUCUGUUUCACCGGCGACAUUAGGUCAGUGCUUAGCAUUACCGGAAGUACAAACCCUGCAAAAUGAUGCCCUCACCGUCGCUACUGCUAAUUCUGUGUAGAAUCCUGCUGGACUCAAUCAGCGUUUCAGCGCAAUCUUUUCCGCUGUUUUCUCAAAGCUCUUACGGUUUCACGAUCGGCAGUUGCAGCGCGGGUACGUACAUCGGUCAGGUAUCGGCCAGCGGAAACCCAUCCUACUCCACCGACAACUCGUUCGUCAUCAGUGUCAGUCCGUCCGGUGCACUAUCCCUGAGCGCCACCAUCGCCGCCACAACCAGUUUCAACGUUAUCGCGCGCAACCAAUAUGGUUCCACUCAAGCGUCCGUUACCGUUACCGCUAAUUGCGGCAGCGCCAUUGCCAGUCCCAGUUACGCCACAUACGCCAGCCCGGUGUCCAGCCCCGUGGUGAAUUAUGCCACGUAUGUCAGCCCAGUAUCCACGCCGGUAGUGACGUAUCCGACAUAUUCAACAUAUUCGUAUAAUUAUCCAUACACGUACAAUACAUAUCCGUACAGCACCGGCUUCAAUACCGGCAUUCUUGGCUACGAUGUGCCGGUACUGUUUGUGGGAAACAAUAAUAACUGGGGUUACAAUCGAUGUUGCGGGUGGAAUGGUGGUAAUCGAUGGAACGGAAACGGACGGAAUUGGGGGAAUCGGCGUCGACCGAUUGCGACUUCUCCUGGAAACUAUAAGCGUUAAAUUACCCUCGACAGCUAAAUUAAAAUAUUUUAAUAUAUUAUUAGGGUUAAUUUAAACUAUUUUUUGCUGCUAUCGGGUUAAGAUGCGAAGCAUUGUUUUUGCAAAUUAUUUUCGUUCUUCUCACUCGAAUUUCUAUACUUGUCACUCGUCAGUACGUGUUAUACGAGUUUCGCUGAGCUGUUGCGGGAGCAUAAGGAAAGUCACGUAAAAUAAUGCUUACAUGUACAGAGUACUGGCGAGUAGUGUGCGUUCUAAGACGAAUGCCACAAAGUAGUUAUUAUACUACAUGUGCAACAAUGCUAGGCACGUAUUUAAUUACUUAUUGUUUCGACGAUGUCUGUUUCUUGAAACACAUAAUAUUAUGGCACUUCCCGACUCUGGCGUUUACGCAGUUGGUGGUCACCUUGUAUAGAUAGUUGUUAUGUGAACACCUGCACGCAGCCGGGUAC